CCUCCAUAAUACAGAAAGCUCCUCCCGUGCCCUCUGACAAAUAGUCCUGGCCUUCUUCGCUUUACAACAGAAGAAAUUGUCGCGCAGCUUGGCUGGUUGUAAAUCAGCCGCAGAAUAGAUUCUGCGAAGGCGACUGUAUUCGCCUCGUCCAGUUCCUGUCCUUCCAACACUGAGCCAGCAGUCGCACGAGCCACUGUCCUUGCGGCAACGACAAUCGACCGACCCCUCCCAACCCUCAGGCACGCGGCGUCGCAUUGUCCUACGCUCAAUGCUCGACAUCAAAUCAUGUUGCUCCGGUGUUCCCUGACAGCAUUGCUGUCCAUUGCAUCUCUGGCCCCAGGCGCCGUCAAGGCUCAAGACGAGUCCAUUCUCACCGCCGAGUAUGGCAGACAGAACAACCAGAGCCUGCUAUGGGGUCCUUACAGGCCAAACCUCUACUUUGGAGUCAGGCCUCGAGUCCCCAACAGCAUUAUGGCCGCUCUAAUGUGGGCGAAGGUCGACAACUACAUGGAGGUCCAAAAUGGCUUCCGGUACACCUGUGAGCAAAACGAAGACAUGGCUGGCUACGGCUGGGACGAGUACGAUACAAGAAACGGCGGCAUACAGACGAUCCACGAUACUCAAAACAAGAUUGACAUCACCACCUCCUUUGUCAAGAUUCCCGGCGGUGCUCACGGCGGCAGCUGGGCCGUACGAAUCAAAGGCGAGCCACGCGAUGAUGCAGGAUCGGAUCUGAAGACAUCCAUUUUCUUCUAUGUGACCUCGGAACCCGUUGGCAACGUCCUAGAGGUCGUGGCGGACGGCGAGCAUACUGGUUUUGCUGGAGAUGUGACAAUCAAAGGUCAGCAUGCCCAGCUCGGGACAUUUCAAAUGGUGGUAACCGAAGGCAAGGGCGGUCAUCCGACAAGCAACCACGCUACCUCCAGUGAGCGACCCCUGGAUAAGACUAUUGUCAGCACUCUCGAGCUCCCGCAGGAGCACCUCUGGCAGGGCAAACAGGUCAUCUUUGCUCAGCUCAAAGCCGGUGUCGACCAGAUCAUCAAAGAUUACGGCCAGGACAACGCACCCCCACCGUGGCAAACGUACAUGAUGCGCAACAAUCCGGGCUCCGGCAACGUCCAGAUUGUGCAGAAAGUCUUCGAAGGUGCCUUUGAGUUCGACGUCCUCUUUACUAGUGGCUCGGCUAGCGAGGACGUCACAAGCGAGGAUUUGACGGCCGAAAUCGAGAGGAACUCCGCUUCGUUCCAUGAGAAGUUCAUAGAGAUUUUCGCCCCUCAGACUCCGUUCAAGGGCGAUAAGUACAGCACGUUUGGGAAAAGCAUGCUGUCCAACUUGGCCGGUGGCAUCGGUUAUUUCUACGGAAAUCAGAUCGUCGACCGAUCCUACGCUUCAGAAUACGAGGAGGAGAACGAAGGUUUCUGGGAAGAGGCGGCGGAAGCACGCGCGCGGAACCGCCAGAUCGAGGAGGGCCCGUACGAGUUGUUCACCAGCAUCCCAUCUCGUCCCUUCUUUCCUCGAGGAUUCCUUUGGGAUGAGGGCUUCCACUUGAUGCCUAUUGCCGAAUGGGACAUGGAUCUUGCGCUCGAGGUCGUCAAGAGCUGGUACAACCUCAUGGACGAGGACGGAUGGAUCGCUCGUGAGCAGAUUCUCGGUGCCGAGGCGCGCAGCAAGGUUCCACCAGAGUUCCAGGUGCAAUACCCGCACUAUGCGAACCCGCCUACCCUUUUUCUGGUCCUGGAGGGCUUCCUGGAAAAGCUCGCCCGAUCCAACGGGAGCAUGCCCGCGGGCCAGGAGAAAUUGUUGCAUGAGAGCACCUUUUCGAAUGCGCACUUGACCAAUCCGGAGCUGGGCACCCAAUACCUGCAUAAUCUGUACCCGCUGCUCCGACGCCAGUUCCUUUGGUUUAAGUCGACCCAGUUCGGCGAUAUCAAAUCAUAUGACCGCGAGGCUUUCUCGACCAAAGAAGCCUACAGGUGGCGUGGUCGUACUGUACCGCACAUCCUGACCAGUGGUCUGGACGACUACCCUCGCGCACAGACACCCCACCCUGGUGAGCUUCAUGUCGAUUUGAUGUCCUGGGUUGGCCUAAUGGCCAAGGUCCUACUCAAGAUUGCUGGUGUCGUGGGAGCAAGCGAGGACGUCUACGAGUACUCCAAGGUUCUCAAUGCCAUUGAGCACAACCUGAAGGAUCUUCACUGGUCGGAGAAGGACGGUGCAUACUGCGACGCCACUAUUGACGAUUUUGAGGAGCAUGUACUAGUCUGCCACAAGGGCUAUAUCAGCCUUUUCCCUUUCAUUCUGGGCCUUCUCAAGCCGGACGACCCGACCCUAGGCAAGACCGUGGACCUCCUCAGCGACCCUGAAGAGCUGUGGAGUCCUUAUGGCAUCCGCAGUCUGAGCAAGAAAGACGAGUUCUACGAGACUGCCGAGAACUACUGGCGCAGUCCCGUCUGGAUCAACAUCAACUUCCUUGCUCUGCAGCAAUUGCUUAAUGUCGCACAACAAGAAGGGCCCUUCCAGGCCAAGGCUAAGAAGACAUACACGAGUCUGCGCAAGAAUCUCGUUGAGAACAUCUACGACAACUGGAAGACGACGGGCUUUGCAUGGGAGCAGUACAAUCCGGACACGGGCAAGGGUCAGCGUACCCAGCACUUUACAGGCUGGACGAGCCUGGUUGUCAAGAUCAUGGCUAUGCCCGACCUUGAUUCAGAUGCCGAUAACCAUGUUCGCGAUGAGCUGUAGAGGCUGCAGUGCAGCAAGUGGAUUGCGAGGCAAAUUCCCUGGGCAAUCCCAUGGCUCAGUUGAACCAUAGAUAGAGCAAUCCCCGAAAGCAGCCACAAUCGCAAGGCUUUGAGGGAGCAUCCAGUGUUAUUUCCGUGGUGGGCCGAUCGGAGUGGGCGAGUCGG